UUUCUUUAUUAAAAUUAAAAUUAAUAAAAUCAAUAAAAUACUAUAAACAGACCUGAGAAACCCAGAGCGGCACAGAUAAAAGUUAAACUUGCUUGUUGACCUCCCCAAGUUUACUCUUUCUGACAGUUUUUCUCAUCUGGGUUUGCUUCAUUUCUCUGUUUGAACUUCUGGGUCUUGUUCAUUGUUUUCUUAAUCAAUUUGCAACUGCAGCUUGCCAGAUAAUUUAUCAUGGACUGGUAUUUUGGGAGCAUUAUUGAGGACCUUGUUGUCCCAAAGGAUGAAGAAAUAUCUGACAGGUUCCCAUCACCAGAAAAUUGGUCAAAAUGGGGAAUAAAUGAGUCAGAAACUUUCGGGUUUCCUAACAAAGGCUUUGUUAUUUAUUCAAAAUUGAAUCAGGAAGAACUCAACUUCAAUUGUGAAAUUCUCUCCAACAAUGAAGUUGAGAUGGAGAGUUCCGCCCAUGAUGAUAAAGAUCAAUCUAGUUCAAGUAUUGGUGGGGGAAUAUCAUCAGAGGAGUCUAUUCAUCACCAAACUGCUCUUUCUUGUGACCAGCAGCUGGAUUACCAGCUUGAUGGGCUUGCAGGAUUCCAACAGAUGGAUGACCUAUUCUUGAGUUCAUUAAUGGAAGAUCCUCUUGGGACAGAAAAUAUUCACAGCUCAUUUUGCUUUGAGCCUGAAUUGCAAAAUUACAUGGUAAGAGAUGAUAAUAUCUCGACAGACACAAUGUUAGAUACACAAAGUAUUUCCAGUGAAGCAUAUAGUAUGGGAAGCUCUAAGUAUCUCAAAACACAUGUGUUUUCUCCCUCAGUAGAUCAGGAGAAGUGCAAAGUUUCGGCUUUGCCCUUUACUCCAUCCAAUGCAGAGCGAAAGAAUCGGCCAUCAUUAAAAGAACCGUUAAUCAAAGUCUUGGCCCCUUCUGAGCAUAAAAAUAUGAAUGAACAUGAGGAUGAGGAAACAUCUCUUGAAGAAUCUGUUUUACAGGAGCUGGAAAUGGUGAUGGCACAGUUGACAGAGAAGACUCGAAUUUGCUUUCGUGAUGCCUUUUACCGUCUGGCCAAGAACUCAAGGCAACAUGUGGUAACACACAACCAAAAUGGAAAUCUUUCCAUGGGAACUACCGCAUGGACUGGUCAAGAAGAGAAAAUUAGGCCUGGAGGAAAGAAAACUAUGGAAUUGGAGACCAACACCAUUGACAGGGCUAUUGCAAAUCUCAUGUUCAACAAGAUGGACUUAAAUGUACGUGAUUUUCCUGUCUCAGCAUUAGCAAGUUCUAGAAUGGAAAGUCUCAAAGCAACCAGAUCAUCUAUCUACAGCUCAAAUCAACAACAAAUCCAUGAUUUUCCUCAUGGUCCAAAUUUCUCAAGUGAUACUCAGGUUCCCAUUCUCUGUCCAGGAUACUUGCAAACAAGGGCGAUUCCAGAUGUGUAUAUCUCAAGAAAUCCAGCAGAGGAGAAGAUGUAAUAAAAUUUAUGGUAAUGUUUUGGGGAUGUUUGUUUGAAGAAUGAAACAACCAUUGAGGUUCCAUGAAAUAUGUACCGUGUCAAGCAAAAAGAAAGCUUGAGAAAUUCUCUGGAAUGCGUUUCACUUCUUAAUGUAUAUAUUCCAAGUGAUUCUUUAUGCUGGCAGGUAGGUAUGCUAGUCUACAGGACUUGCUACUGAGCUCAAUUUUGAAAGAUGCCUAUAGACCAUUUUAUUAACUUGCAAGAAAAAUGAUAGUGCAUCUGUUACUUGUAUUUUUAAUUGAAAUCUGGCUUUAUUGUUCUA